AUGCCCAGCAUUGAUUCGAACUCGCCAUUGCGGCUGGCGUUCCCCGCAGCCGACAUCCCUACGGAAUGCUUCAGCCUGCUCGGCGACGAGUACGAGCUGCGCCCGCUGGCGUCGAGCGACUACGCACGCGGGUUCAACGAGGUGCUCUCUUGCCUUGUCGAGACGCCUGACCUGGGCGAGGCAGCAUGGCUUGAGCGCUUCGACGCCAUGGUUGCUGCCAACGGCACGUACUUUCCCAUCGUGAUCGUGAGCAAGUCCACCGACCGCAUCGUGGCGAUGGGCAGCGUGGUGGUGGAGCUCAAGUUCUUCCGCGGCCUCACGCGCGUCGGCCACGUCGAGGACAUUGUGGUCAACACCAAGCUGCACAGCAAGGGCCUGGGUAAAGUGAUCGUCUCGACCGUCAUGAAGAUCGCCGAAGCAAAAGGAUGCAGCAACAUCAUCCUCAACUGCAGCGACGAGAAGAAGCCCUUCUACGAAAAGUGCGGCUUCUCCUACAGCGGGCUGCAGAUGGCCAAGAGGAUCCACUGA